GGGCGGCGAGCGCAGGUCGGAUUUCCUCCGAGGCUGGCGACUAGCGAAGCUCCCACCUUCCCUUAGAGCUCGCCGCAGCCGCCGUGCCCCGCGCCCUCCGGAGACCGGGACGGGACCAUGAUGUGGACACGCUGGCUCGCGCUCGCGCUGGUGGCCGUCGCCUGGGUCCACGCCGAGGAAGAACUAAGGAGCAAAUCCAUGAUCUGUGCCAAUGUGUUUUGUGGAGCUGGCCGGGAAUGUGCAGUCACAGAGAAGGGAGAGCCCACCUGCCUCUGCAUCGAGCAAUGCAAACCUCACAAGAGGCCGGUGUGUGGCAGCAACGGCAAGACCUACCUCAACCACUGUGAGCUGCAUCGAGACGCCUGCCUCACUGGCUCCAAAAUCCAGGUCGAUUAUGACGGACACUGCAAAGAGAAGAAAUCUGUCCGUCCAUCUGCCAGCCCAGUCGUUUGCUAUCAGUCCAACCGCGAUGAGCUCCGGCGUCGCAUCAUCCAGUGGCUGGAAGCGGAGAUCAUUCCAGAUGGCUGGUUCUCUAAAGGCAGCAACUACAGUGAAAUCCUAGACAAGUACUUUAAGAACUUUGAUAAUGGUGACUCUCGCUUGGACUCCAGCGAAUUCCUGAAAUUUGUGGAGCAGAAUGAAACCGCCAUCAACAUCACCACCUAUGCAGACCAGGAGAACAACAAGCUGCUUAGAGGACUCUGUGUUGAUGCUCUCAUUGAACUGUCUGAUGAAAAUGCUGACUGGAAACUCAGCUUCCAAGAGUUCCUCAAGUGCCUCAACCCAUCCUUCAACCCUCCAGAGAAGAAGUGUGCCCUGGAGGAUGAAACGUAUGCGGAUGGCGCUGAGACCGAGGUGGACUGUAACCGCUGCGUUUGCGCCUGCGGAAACUGGGUCUGCACAGCCAUGACCUGCGACGGAAAGAAUCAGAAGGGGGCACAGACCCAGACAGGGGAGGAGAUGACCAGAUAUGUCCAGGAGCUCCAAAAGCACCAGGAAACAGCUGAAAAGAUCAAGAGAGUGAGCACCAAAGAGAUCUGAUGAGGAUGCAUCUGGGAACGGUGUCUGGAGCCUGGCACCUCCUCUUCCCCUUCAGCGCUGAGUCCAGUAUACGCACGUGUCUGCUACAACCGCCAAAUCACCAGUAUUUGCUUGUAUAGCAAUGAGUUUUAUUUUGUCUAUUUGUUUUGCAAUAAAGGAAAUGAGGGUGGCUGGCUAGGAGGGGAAGGGCCAUAGCCUUCAUUUCUAGGAGUGCUUUGAGAGAAACUGUGCAAAUGGUGCUCGGGGGCUGGAGGCAAAUAAGGAAACUGCAUCAGGGUUGGCAGAGGAGCAGACCCAGAUCUGAACCACUUCUGAGUCUCCUACAGCUAUAACCGUGCUGCAGGGAGAGCCAGCAAUGCCAGAGGGAAACUAGCAGGCUGUUCUAGAGAGGAGGGGUUUGGGAAGCUCGUUGGAGAAGAACACUUGCUGCUUCCGGCUCUUCCUUUUGCCAUCAGCAUAACAGGCCUGUGCUUCUCCUCAUGGCCCCAACCACUGCCUCUAGUUGCACAGCCAUCCUGCUAGUUACCCAGUGUCCCUCAGACCUGAUGGAGUUUCUGGGAGGGUCUACCCAAAUGAUGCAGAUACUUGUAUACUUUGAGCCCCUUAGAGACCUAACCAAAUUUUUAAAAUACUUUUUACCAAAGGUGCUAUUUUUCUGUAAAACUUUUUUUGGCAAGUUGACUUCAUUCUUCAAGUAUUAUCAUUAUAUUAUUGUUGUUGUUUUUUAAUAUUUUAUUUUCUUGACUAGAAAUUAAGCUUUUGUAAUUAUUUUUCAGUAGUCCUACCAUUUCAGAGGUGGGAGAGUUUGGGGUUCUUCCUGGUGCAGGGACCGCUCUAACCCAGACACCCCCGCCUCGUCACAUACUAGAUGCAGCCCAGAGUUUGGCCCCCUGACUUCCAGUGCGUCAGCAGUCUGCCA